AUGAGGAAGGAGUAUGUUCAACAACUUGAGAAUGAUAUACGUUCGUACUAUGGCUACAACGAGUUUCUAAUCGGUGCUUUAAUGGAGAUGUUUCCGGUUGUUGAACUGGUGGAGUUUAUUGAAGCUUUUGAGAAGCCUCUCCCUAUAUGUCUGAGGACAAACACUUUAAAGACCCGCAUAAGGGAUUUGGCAGAUGUCUUGAUUAAUAGAGGAGCAAGUUUGGAUCCCCUUAGAAAAUGGUCAAAAUUUAGACUUGUAGUGUUUGAUUCUCAAGGACCAAUGGGUGCCACUCAAGAGUUCAUGGCUGGUUUUUACAUGCUUCAAAGUGCUAGUUCUUUUCUACCUGUGAUGACCUUGGCUCCUCAAGAAAAGGAACAAAGUGUUGAUAUGGCGGCUGCUCCUGGUGGUAAAACAACUUACAUUGUUGCUCUAAUGAAAAAUUCUGGAUUAAUUUUUGCAGAUGAAAUAAAGGUGCCACGACUGAAAUAUCUUAUUGCAAAUUUGCAUCAGAUGGGUGUAUCAAAUACUGUAGCAUGCAACUAUGACAGGAAGGAGCCUCCAAAGGUUAUGGGUCUCAAUUAUGGUUCUUUUUACAAUCUUGAGGACAAGGUUGUUUUUGAAGGGGUUGAUAAUGAUAGAGUAAGGAUUAUGAUUAAUUAUAAGUAG